AAUCAGCAAAAAACCAACGUGUGUAUUGUUCUAAAUAAUACCAUUUUAGUUACAAAAUGGCCAGACCAUACACUAACAACGAGAAAAAGAAAAUAGUAGAGUUUAUAAUACGUGAAAAGGGGCAUUAUAACCUGCAAGGUAAUUUGCUGUGGAAGGCGAUGGAAAAGGAAUUUGAUCGAACAUGGCAAGGUCUUAAAGAGCACUUUAAGAAACAGAUGUUCCCCAAAUUAAUUCAGCUGGAUAUCGACGUUUCCAAGGAGGAGUUGGCAUUUAUUAAACUGUCAUACAUACAAAGAUCCAAGGUGAACACCAAAUGGGAUAAGGAAUUGGAGGAAUGCGCCAGAAUAUUAGACUACAAGGCCAUCACAAAAGAGACAUUGGAGAGGGAGAAACAAGAAAGAUGUGCAAGAGAUAGUGAAAAAAUGGUGGUAGACUUGACUGAAUAAGAUGAAGAUACUGACAUAUGAUGCUUUUAUUUAAAAAAAUAUAUGUACUUGUUUUAUUUAUUUUUUAAAGUAGGCCUGUGGAUGUUUGUGCUACUUAUAAUGAUUAAGAAUGUUUUUCUAACAAUUAGGUACCCAUAUUUUGUUAAAAUACCCAUUCAUGUUUAUGUUAAUAUACUUA